CAGACUUCCCCUGCAGACCUGCAGCCCCAACGGACAUGCUGCUGCUGCUGCUGCUGCUGCCCCUGCUGCGGGCGAGUGAGCGGGUGGAGGCCGGGAGGGAUUACCCCCUGCUGGUGCAGAGUCCAGUGACUGUGCAGGAGGGCCUGUGUGUCCAUGUGCCCUGCCGAUUCUUCUCCUCCCAGAAGAGUAGCACGGCCCCAGCUCGCGGCUACUGGUUCCCGAAAGGGGUCAAACACAGGGAUGCUCCUGUGGCCACGAAUGACCCCAGCAGGGAAGUGCGGGAGGAGACCCGGGACCGAUUCCAACUCCUCGGGGACCCGGGAACCGACAACUGCACCCUGAGCAUCAGAGACGCCAGGAAGACGGACACAGGGUGGUACUUCUUUCGGGUGGAGAGAAAAAACUUUAUGUACAGUUACAAUAAGCACCACCAGGUCUCAGUGAACGUCACAGCCCUGACCCACAGCCCCGACAUCCUCCUCCCUGGGACCCUGGAGGCUGGCCGUCCCAGCAACCUGACCUGCUCUGUGCCCUGGGCCUGUGAGCAGGGGACGCCCCCCACCUUCUCCUGGGAGGGGACCUCUGUGUCCUCCCUGGGCACCAGCAUCACCCACUCCUCGGUGCUCACACUCACCCCGCGGCCACAGGACCACGGCACCAACCUCACCUGCCAGGUGACCCUGCCUGGGGCUCAGGUGACCAGAAUGAAGACCGUCCACCUCAACAUCUCAUACUCUCCACAGAACCUGACUGUCAUUGUGUCCCCAGGAGCUGGCCCAGCAUCCACAACCCUGGAGAAUGGCUCAUCUCUUUCGGUCCUGGAGGGUCAAUCUCUGCGUCUGCUCUGUGUCGUCGACAGUCAUCCCCCUGCCAGGCUGAGCUGGUCCUGGGGGAACCUGACUCUGCAUCCCUCGCAGACCUUGGACCCUGGGGUGCUGGAGCUGUCCCCAUCCCACCUCAGGGGUGAGGGAGAAUUCACCUGCCGCGCUCAGAACGCUCUGGGCUCCCAGCACAUCUCCCUGAGCCUGUCGCUGCAGAGGAAGUCGAGGCCCGUGGCCCAGGAGGUCCUGGGGGCCAUCGGGGUGCUGGCUGUCAAGAUGGUGCUCCUCGGCCUCUGCCUGGUCUUGCUCAGAGUGAGGUCCUGCAGGAAGAGGGCAGCGAGGCCAGGGAGGCCAGCGAGGGGCGUGGAGCGUGGAGACGCUGUCACGGGUUAGUCCAGGUCAGUGACCCAGCGUCUCACCAGGCCCAAGCCCCGGGACCCCUCCCCGCCAUGGUCCUGGAUGGCCAGCUCCCAUGGCCUCGGGCAACACCCUGUCCCCGUCCUGAAGCCCCCACUUCCUGCUGGGGUCCCUGUGGCUCCUGGCUGGGGCCCCGUCUCUGCAGCACAGCCAGGUGUGGCUCCCGACCUCAGCCCUCUGCCCCCUGGUGCCUCAUCACCACUGGCCUUCUUUCCUCCUAAGCCUGGCCUCCCUGCUGUCCGUCCAUCCUGACCCUGGUCGUCCUGGUCCUCCUCUCCCCUGCUCCCUGGAUCUGCCUCAGCUCCUGCCACCUGUGCCCAACACCAGCCUCCAUCCUGGGCCCACGUCCUCCACGACUUGAUCAGCUGUGUGUCCCCUCCAUGGACGGUGACAGGGGCACAUGGAGAGCCUGGACCAGAGGGUCUCCAUGUCCGUGCCUGGGACUCCCUUCCAGAGCCGUCCUCUCCCUGCCUCUGGAGACUCACCUCACCCUCUGGGCCAGGCUGCUGGCACCUGGGACUUCACAGGUGCAGACCCUGCUCCUGACAGGCAGCUCCACCCCUUCCUGCCUCUGCAAGUCCUGGUCAUCCUUCAGCUGCAUCUAGUCUGCCUCGUGUGUGUGUGUGUGUGUGUGUGUGUGUGUGUGUGUAUGUGUGUGU